AUGACUAUAUUAAAGAACAGCAAAAACCAUACGGUGAAGGACUGGUCGACGGAACCUGACAAUUAUAGCAAGUGGCUGUUGCAGGGCCCGGUUUUGGGAGACGAUAACGAAUUAGAAACAACGAAUAGUGACUGGCUUGAGCCCGAUAAUGCAACAAUAAUCGAAUUAGAGAAACGGGUUGAUAAGGUUCGAGAAGUCUGUCAGUUACGAUCCAUUCAAACUAAAGACAUAAAUAGCAAGGAGUUCUUCGUGGAUCACGCUCAUAACCUCGUAUGGUGUAAUAUUUUUAAAGCAGCCAGCUCUUCGUGGUUGUACAAUUUUAAUAUUCUAGCUGGUUACGAGAAAAAAUUUCUCGCCAGAACCAGACAUACACCUCUAACAUUAGCUCGGAAGAAAUUUCCAAGACCAAGCGAAGAAGAACUAAGAGAUGCGAUCAACACACCGGGAGUUAUAUCGUUAAUGGUGGUACGAGAACCAUUCGUGCGGUUACUGUCAGCGUACAGAGAUAAACUCGAAAAUAUAACUCCUCCAUAUUACAGAAAAUUAGCAAGGAAAAUUGUGAUGGAACACAGGGAAGCGGCGACAAAAGUAUUGGGACCAAUCAAGUCAUUCGGUCCGACGUUUUACGAGUUCGUAGCUUAUUUGAUAACUAAAUACACGUCGGGAACAACAGCUGCAUUUGACGAGCACUGGGCACCGUAUUAUAAAUUCUGUACUCCUUGUGCUGUCAAUUUUACUGUUAUAGCUAAAGUUGAAACACUAUCGAGAGACUCGACGUAUGUCGUACAACAACUCGGUCUUGGACACAUAUUAGGAAGAAAGGUCAGAAACCGCAGGAUGCGUCUUCGAACUGUAAUGAACAAGUCACGAGAUGGAAAGAAUACUUUUGCUUUGUUAAAGUACUAUUUUGGACAGAUUAAUACUUAUAUGCUUGAUAAACUGUUAGAAAUAUAUGGUAUAGAUUUCGAAAUGUUUGGAUAUGAUUCAAAUAUUUAUCGCAGUUAUGUAAGAAAAUAAACUAUAUAUUUUAUGUA